UCUCCAUAAUGAUCUUUAGAUGCCAAUACAAGGUUGUUUACAUCAAUAUCAGUGUCUAAGAGUCAAGGCCCAACAAGAAAUGGAACCUUUUCCCGACCAGUUCAUGGAGUUCCACCCUAUCCACGGAACCAACGUGCAACUGAACCCCUUGUCCACGCAGGCCACGCGGGUCGAAAGCUUCGCCAAUGGAGUAUGCUUCAGCAAACACCCCCUCAAGCCAGGGGAGAUAUUCCUCAUAGAGAUCGAGGACAAGGAGCUCGGCUGGUGUGGCCACCUCCGGAUCGGCCUGACCGCCAAGGACCCCAUGAGCUUGGAGGUGGUUCCUGAAUACUCUAUACCGGAAUUGACAGACCAGGGCGACAGCUGGGUUUUCGCUAUCACUCGCAACCACAAUAAAAUCGUGGAGGAGGUCGACGAGGGAGAAGGUGGGCAGGAUCCCGCGGGGGGUCACAGACUGGGUCAGGGGGAGGAGGAAAAUGAAGGUGACACAAACAACAAACCAAAAACUUUUUUCACUGACUCUCAUUUGUACAUUGAGAACGUCCGGAUCCCCAGAGACAAGCUGGUUGGCCGCAGCCGACCUGGACGUUACAGCCACAUUCUGGACGACUUGUACAAGACUAAUGCGCUUCCGCCGACAGCCAGACGUAGCCGGAUAGGAGUUCUGUAUGUAUCCAAAGGCCCACAUCUAGCUGACAUGCACAUUGUCAUUAACGGGGAGGACAUGGGGGCUUCUGCGAGAGGCAUCCCCACCACGGAGCCCAUUUAUGCCGUAGUGGACGUAUUUGCUGCUACUAAGUGUGUCAGGAUUGUGCAGGUGGAGUAUGGAUUCUCGUCCUUGCAGACACUGUGCAGAAAGGCCAUCCAGAAACACAUCGUCCACAGAAUGGCCAUUGACUGGUUGGCGCUGCCAGAAGCAUUAAAGCACUACUGCAAGUAUGAGUGAGGACUGAGGAUCUUCAGUGGGAACUGAACUGAGACUCUAUAGAUAUUGUGAAUGGAUGCUGUGUUAGAUCCGGAUGCUUAAUUGCGGAACUAAAAGCCAGUUCACCUAAAAGAAGUGCCAGCUUCCUUCAGCUGGAAGACUUUUUGUCCAUUUGUGUCCAUUCAGAUGAACUUGUGAGGUCAGAGGUCAUUGAGGGAGCUAUGAGGCAUAGCUCGGUUGGUAGAGCGGCCGUGCCAGCAACUAGAGGGUUCUGGGUUCGAUCCCCGCUUCUUCCAUCCUAGUCACUGCUGUUGUGUCCUUGGGCAAGACAGUUCACCCACCUGCUCCCAGUGCCACCCACACUGGUUUAAAUGUAAUUUAGAUAAUGGGUUUCACUAUGUAAAGCGCUUUGGGUCAAUAGAGAAAGGCACUAUAUAAAAUAUAGUUCACUAACGAGGGCUCAGUGGGGUCUACCACAUCCAGACUCAUCCAACCGUGCCUUUAAACCUCGGAAAAAGGGCCUUCCCCAAUCGUUCCCAUAAUUUUGGAACCAUAGUACAGAUUUAAUUGUGCCAGUGUGAUAUUUUUUUUAAAGAAUAUUGGUUGAUUAAAAAUAACUGAACUUUUUUUAAAUUUUUUUUACUUUUUAUUGACAUCUUCUCCCUUAAUUUAGUACAGUGUUACCUCAAUUGAAGAGUAUUUUGAAAUAGGUCGUCCCGCUAAUUGUUAUGCUUUAAGUUACAAGCAAAAAUCUGAUACACGCAUCUCGCCAGCUAGAGAUGGACAUCGCUUUGUUUUUGCAACCAUGGUAAGGAAAAAAGUGAGUUUGAAGUACAAUGCUGAGAAGAAGUAGUGUAUGAUAUUAUUUGAAUUGAAAAAAGAAGUAAUCAAAAACAUGACCGAGUGUGUAGUCCACUUGACGAAGCAGUAUGAGCGUAUCACUGCUUGUCUGCACCAUACAGAAUGAGUCUAACGCCAGGCAAGAUUGUUCAAAUACUGUCAAAAUGCGGACAUUUAUCCAUGAAAAUAUGAAGAAGCUGCUAAUGGUGUGUUUGAUGGAGAAACAGCUUGUAGGAGAUACCAUAGAAGUCCACUCUCCAAUGUAUACACUAUUAUAACAUUACUUUAUAAACUACUUUAGUUGUUUUCAUUCAAAACGUAUUAUCUUAAAAAAAAUGUUUUCUUUUUAAAAGGCAUGUUACAUGUUAAAAUUGUGCCAUAUUUGGGGCCAAGCACAGAUUAAAUUGAUUUAAAUUAAUUCAAUGGGCAAGUGUUAUGAAUUAAGAGCUACGUCACAGAACCAAGUUGAGGUACUACUGUAUAUGCCCAUAUGUUUAUUAUACACUAGUGGCAAAUACCAAUGGUUCCAUCUAGAACUGUAUUUUGUUUUAUAUUACAUGAAUAUUUGAGUUUUGUAUUAUUCAAAGUUUUUGUCCUAGACAACUGCAAACAGCAGUGUGUUAAACAUGUGUCCAAAUCCAAAUAUUAAAAAAUAUGUAUUUAUGUGUGUAUUUUUAUACAUUUAUAUUGAUUUAUAAUAUAUUACAUUUGUCUGAAUAUAAUUCACUGACUGUUACAUUACAUGUGAGGCACACAUGUCUAAUGAGAACCAACAGAGGAGCUGCACGAAUGCCUUCAUUAAAGUAAUAAUGCAGUACGUAUUCAUUUAAAGAAAUAAAUGAUAAAUGGGUUGUACUUGUAUAGCGCUUUUCUACCUUCAAGGUACUCAAAGCGCUUUGACACUACUUCCACAUUUACCCAUUCACACACACAUUCACACACUGAUGGAGGGAGCUGCCAUGCAAGGCGCUAACCAGCACCCAUCAGGAGCAAGGGUGAAGUGUCUUGCUCAGGACACAACGGACAUGACGAAGUCGGUACUAGGUGGGGAUUGAACCAGGGACCCUCGGGUCGCGCACGGCCAUUCUUCCACUGCGCCACGCCGCCCUAUAUUAUUUAUGUAUUUAAUAUUUGUUUGCUUACUUCCAUCCAUCCAUCCAUCCAUCCAUUUUCUACCGCUUAUUCCCUUCGGGAUCGCGGGGGGCGCUGGAGCCUAUCUCAGCUACAAUCGGGCGGAAGGCGGUGUACACCCUGGACAAGUCGCCAC